AUGGGGUCGUCGGAGAACGACAACACGCAAGGUCAAAUAGAUAACCUUCAUAUCAGUAUCGUCUUGGGAGUUGGACUUGGAGUUGUUGUCUUGACCAUAAUGUGUUUGAUUUUGACUUUAUUCAUAAACCGUCGCGAUCGCCGGCCGCCCUUCAAAGGCAAGAAAGCCUCAAAUGACAAGCUGCGCAAACUAGACGCUGUGUCUCCCACUCGCACUCUAGAAGAAUGGUCGGUCAAGGCCCAUGGACCCGUUCUACCUUCGGAAAAUGUCGAUACCCAUUUUACGUGUGCCGUCUGUCUGGAGUCCGUCCUGCGAUCCCAAGAAAUUCGGGAGCUAAAAUGCCUCCACGUCUUCCAUCGAGAAUGCCUAGACAAAUGGUAUCUCCAAGACCAUUUUAAUUGCCCUCUCUGCCACAGAGCAUAUUUCAUUCAAGAAACGCGCCCCAGUACCGACUUGGUAUGGAUAGUAUGA